AUGGAGGCUGUCCGGGAUGGAGGCAUCUACGGCUACACGAAGCCAGGAGGUGUGAGUCACUGCAUGAGCGACUAUAUCGCCGUGUACACGGGUCCGACAACGUCGAGUCCUGUUUUGGGGAUGCUCUGCGGCAAGGAGAAAACGAUGUUCACGCACUACGGCCAGAAACUGCUGGUCGAGUUCAGAACGGGACCAGAAGUGUCACCGUUCAAUUACACCGGUUUCGUCGCAACUCUCUCGUUCAUAGAGAACACCACAGAAGCACCAACAACAGUGACCAUGGACAGCACGAAUAAAAGUGUGGACACGAUUAAAUCGGUCGCUGCCGGUGGUUACAACGUCCACGAUAACAGUCCAGAUCAUCACGAUCAUCGAAAGGAUCAAGGUUCGGCGUCGAGCAGCUGUGAUCUCGAAAUCAGCGGCGAGAAAGUCAGAGCUGAUCAUCACGACACCAGAGGAAAGCUCAAGUCCACUACGUGCAGGCUCGUGCUUCGCGGACGUGCUUAUGACACUGGACACGUUUUAUUGGCCAGCUACAAUCUCAGCGCCCAGGAGUGCCAAUCGUCGAUCGAAAUAUUCGAUGGUCUUCUUGAAGGAGGGAUGCUCGGCACCGUGAAGUCUCUCGGGAGAAUCUGCAGUCCUGCGCAGAGGCUUCCACGAGAAUUCAUGCAACAAGAUACGUACGUAGAGCCGAAAAGGUACUCGUCUAAUGGCAGAGAUAUGACGGUCGUUCUCAGACGAGCCUCGAAUAGCCCCACCGACGAGGAAUACAUGGACGUCUCUUAUUACUUCCACGAUGAACACGAGGGUGGCACUCAACAGCCGGCCAGCGUGUGCGACGUCGAAUAUUACGGAUUGACGUCACCGGUGAACGGUUCCGUGGUGCAUCCGGAGCCUCACCGAUUAUUCGCCAUGAAGGGGCCUAUAAAAUGCAGGCAGAACUUCAUUCCAGCGGCUAAUCAGUCGGUCAUCAUUCGCGUGGAGAGCAGCUCGAAGCAGAGCCCAAACAACCCUUGCGAAACCAAGUGCGGAGACAGCGGCUGUCACUGCGUCAGCAACAAGUCCCUGGAGAACGUAGACCACCUUCUGCUCGUCUCUGAAACCGAUCACAUCGUCACCUGCCUCUGCGGAAAUUAUCAGGACUGGCUGCCAGUCGGUAUACGUAGCUGGACGCCUGUGUACAUCGAAUGGUGGAGGUCCUCGAAGGCAGGCCUCAAUUUCCGUGCGGAUUACGAGUUUAUCAAGGACACUUACUGCGGUUAUCACACAACGACCAAGCCGGAAGGCGAGGUCAAUGGCGGUGACCUGGCCAGUAGCGGCUUAAAGCUCAAUCAGUACUAUCAGCAGAAGUGCACAUGGAUUCUCGAUUCCACGACAGAUCGACAGCUCACCAUCGAAAUAAAAUCUACACAGAGCCGUCCCUGCACCGCAUGGAAUCUAACGAUACACGAGUUCAGCAAGGACGGCGAUCCAGCUGGACCACGAUUGUACACAUUCUGCUCGAGAGACAUACACAAGUAUUUCACCCUUCCGUGGAAGAAGAACACCGUGGUGGUUAGAUUGCAAGCUUUAGGAAGAACCGCGCCGGAAUACACGAUGAAAUGGCGGAGCCAAUCGGUGAUCGCAAAUACGCACAAGAGCGGACCAUCGCCGGCGCCGAAUCACGUUCUCGAUUCCUCGAGCGGAAACGGGAAACGGGAAGCGCGAAUCCUAAUUCUGCUCGCGGCGCUACUAGCUUACGCGGCCGGUUGUUGA